AUGUCUGUCGCAGAGACGACGCCGGUGGUGGUGGGAGUGGCUCGCUACACACACCGGAUCCAACAUCCGGAUCUCUCGGACGCGCUGACUCCGCUGCAGCUUUUGGAAAGAACGGUGACAAGGGCGCUGCAGGAUGCUACGCUGAAGGGUGCGGAUAUCGACUGUGUCGCGACGAUGGAGUUCUGGCAUGAGAUGCUCGUGCCACCUAAGACCCCGAAGCACUAUCCGAACCCGCCCAAGUCGGUGGCCACCCUGAUCGGUGCGGCCGAAGCCAUUGAGAAAAAUCACUUGUACGCCCACCCCACAGGGGGUAACGGACCCCAAGAGCUGAUAAACAUUCUGGGAGAGAUGAUCUCCACAUCCAAGAUUCGAUCAGCGGUGAUUUGUGGUGCUGAGGGCCUUGCAGGCUUGAAGAAAGGUCUUGCUGCCGGCAUGUCUCUUCCGGGCGUAACGGAGAUGCGGAGGAAGCUCUCCGACAAGAAGAAGAGCCAAAUCGACACUUCGGGCAAGGAGCUGCCAUGGGGAGAUGACCCUGGUGGUGAACCACAGCGAUUUCUCAAGUCCGAAGGCAUGGCAGCCUACGUGACAAGGCGGAUGGCCCAGACCGGAUUGGUCGACCCCACAGUUGCCUACGCGAUCUUCGAGCAGGCCUACAGGAAGGAACGCUAUCCUAACGUCUCUCGGGAGCAAUACCAGCGCGAGCUGGCACGCCUGAUGUCCGAGUUCAGUCAGCUUGCAGCUGCGGAUCCAGCGAACGCUUGGGAUCCGCAGGCGAGGACGCCAGAGGAGAUCGCGACGCCGGGGCCUGGUAACCGCUAUGUCGCCUUUCCUUACACUCGUGCCAUGAACUCCUUCAUCGAUGUGGACCAAAGCGCAGCCGUCGUCCUGAUGUCUCUGGGAGAGGCUCGGCGGCAUGGAGUCCCGGAGGAGAAGUUUGUUUUCCUUCAUGCGCACUCGGAUGUCGCGGAGGAGCCAUAUCGGAUGCUGGAUCGCCCCGACUUCACGGUCUCGCCGGCACUGCGCGUGAUCCGGCGCCGGUUGGAGGAGACCUUGGGCGAGCCGUUGUCUGGUAUCAAGCACAAAGAGAUCUACUCCUGCUUUCCUGUGGCUGUCCGGCAUGCGGCACUGCAGCUCGGUAUACCCUUCCUGCAUGCCUCCGAUAUUUGUAAGACGGGCGGGAUGCAGUUUCAUGGAGGGCCCGGCAACAACUUCAGCACGCACAGUAUUGCUUUGAUGGUGGAGAUCCUUCGCAGGGAUCCCGGCUCCAAGGGACUGGUCACCUCAAAUGGAGGGAUCUUCUCCAAACAUUCUGCCGGGGUCUAUUCCACUCAGCCUUGCACCUGGGUGCCUCGACACGUGGAGGAGGACCAGGAGCGUGCAAAGCAGCUUUUUGCAAAGCUUCACCCUGUGCCAGUGAAGAUGAACGACCAACCCUCGGGAGAGGCCACUGUCGAUCUCUGGACCGUGGUCUUUGAUGUCGAGAACAAGCCGAAACGAGCGAUCAUCAUAGGCACGCUCACUGCAACCUCCGAACGUUUCAUCGCCGCCAGCGCCGAAGCGGACAUCGUCAAGGCCCUCCUGGAGCGGGACACUUUUGGCCUCCCCUGCUCGGUUCAAACGACACCCGAAGGGAAAUCGACUUUCCAGCUCCACGUGCCCUCGAGGCUUUGA